AUGUUUCGCACGGAUAACCAAGAAAAUUUCCCGUGGAAACAAGUCUUCAAAAGAUGCCACUCUGUCGAUUUACUGAAUUUGGAGAAGGUUUGUAAACGAUUCCAUCAACUGAUUUCAUUGAACAACCUCUUUUGGAAAGACCUUUGUGCAAGAGAUGGAGUUGAAAUUCCUCCAAAUCACAUCACCGACUCACCCAACGAGCAAAAGCAAACUUUCAACUAUCGUUACCUUUACCAUUUUGCAUCGAAAGGUCAUGUAAAUCCAUAUGGCCCAAACAUUAUCGCCGACUUACCGAUCAACGCAAAACAGGCUGAGGAAUGUACAUUGGAAGAGCCUCCAAUUGGGUACGACUUGAAAAAAGGACCCGCAAAGUGUCUAGCGACAUCGAAUUCUUGGGGAUGGAGGCUUAUUAUGGUGAAUCUCGAGAAAUGCGGCAUUGAGCCAUGGAUACUCGAUGACGUUCGACCGACGAUAAUCGUAACGGAAAAGCACGCUCCUCGAUCCGAUUGUGGGGCAAUUUACAUGUUUGGAGCUGAAAUGGCAGAAAGUGAAGAAAAACUCCUUGAGAAACUUCGAUUUCCAACCGAAAAUGGAGCGCUUAUUGAACGCAAAUAUGCACAAAAAGCUGAUGAACCAACUCAACCCAACAAUCGAAUCAUUGUCACCUUACACGAAAUCGUUUUCGACCGAAUUGACACCAAUAAAUGUAAACACGGAACCGUAUUCAAAUUGAUUGGAUAUCAGCCACCUGCAACGGUGAAAUACUGGAGUGGUGUAACGCGAGAUCGAAUCGAUGAGUUCAAAAAAAAUUACGAGGCACUCAACAGUUUGGAUCAUCCGAAUCUGAUCAAAUUCAUGAAAUGUGUCGAAUCCUCUACAGAUCCUCAAGAAAGAUUUGCUGUUGUCACUGAAUAUUACGAGAGAGGCACUCUGUCGAAUUGCUACUUACACGGGGAUAUCAAUCCUGGAAACAUUUUCAUUACAAAAGAUUGGUCGAUAAAAAAAGCUCUAUUCUUGAUGGUCUUGAAGAAGAACCAAGAUUUGAUGCAGAUCAAGUGGAAUUGG